AAUUCUAAUUAGAGAUGCAGGGGAUCAAUGAUAGGGAGGUUGGACAGCCCGAUCCCCCAGUGCCAGCCCAAUAGACUGAUGAGUUAUUGUCAUGUAAAAAAGCGCUAGCAAUAAGACCCAAACGCCGUGCUAUUGUCCAAGCGGAAAGAGCCAAGUUUAUUAUGAGGACUAUAUGCUCUAGAGACCUGGGGCUAGGCGGCUCCUUGGGAGGCUUUUCAUAAAACAAGGCUCAGCUCCUAUAAAGGAGGGCAGUUUUUGAGCAGGCGCCGAGCAGUGCACAUCUACCCACGGCACGAGCCUCCUUCAAAGCAGUCAAAAUUCAGCCGUCACAGGCUCCCCAACUCCGUCCGCGUUUUGCCUGGCUAUUUUCAUGUGCUCCUCGCCAAUUUAAUCCAAUUUGAAUUUGAGGUUUGUGUGUGCCGUUUUUCCUUGGGAGUGCAGCAUUCGUUCUCCACCGAGCCUUUUCAAUGUAUAAAAUGGAGUAUUCUUACCUCAAUUCCUCUGCCUACGAGUCCUGUAUGGCCGGGAUGGACACGUCGAGCCUGGCAUCAGCCUAUGCGGACUUCAGCUCCUGCAGCCAAGCCAGUGGCUUUCAGUACAAUCCCAUCAGGACGACGUUUGGGGCCACCUCCGGGUGCCCGUCGCUCACACCGGGCUCCUGUAGCCUGGGCACCCUGCGGGACCAUCAGAACAGUCCGUACGCCGCAGUUCCCUACAAGCUGUUCACAGACCACGGAGGUUUGAAUGAGAAACGGAAGCAGAGGCGCAUUCGGACAACUUUCACCAGCGCGCAGCUCAAAGAGCUGGAGCGCGUGUUCGCUGAGACUCACUACCCAGACAUUUACACACGAGAGGAGCUCGCGCUCAAGAUUGAUCUCACCGAGGCUAGAGUGCAGGUAUGGUUCCAAAACAGGCGCGCCAAAUUUCGCAAACAAGAGCGCGCCGCCGCCGCAGCAGCUGCUGCAGCAAAGAACGGAUCGGGGAAGAAACCAGACUUGCGAGAGGAGGACAGCAAAGAGGCAAAAGCUACAGAUCCAGACAGCACCGGUGGGCCCGGGCCUAACCCGAACCCUACUUCCAACUGUGGUGGACCGAGUCCCACCGGCGGACAGGUCAGCGCCACUGGGAACGGGCCGGUAGAACAGGUGAAGACGUCAGUGGCCGGUAUGGGAGGCACUGCGCCGAGUCAAGGCUGGGCCUCAGCCCCGGGCACCAUCACCUCUAUUCCGGACUCUCUGGGCGGACCGUUCGCUAGUGUGCUGUCCUCAUUACAAAGACAGAAUGGAGCCAAAACCACUUUAGUAAAGACCAGCAUGUUCUGAGUUAGUGCUUGAUGCAGUAAAGAAAGCGACGACAGCAAACAAACAAACAAACAGUGUUUACUUUAACAAGUGACUGAUGAAAAAGAGGAGAAUGCCAAAAGAAGGACCGAGACCAGAAUCUCUACUCACAAAAAAAAAAAAAAAGAAAGAAAGAAAAAAAAAAAAACUCUGGUCGACUACUUUCGAUGCCAUUGGUUUACACCACAAGCUGGAUAAAUGUAUGACAAAUAUUAUGUUACCAUUUUGACCUUAUCCAGACUUUUUUGUUUUGGCUGUGGUCGUCGAUCUGAAGAAUUCACUAUUCGAUAGACUGCAAUGCGCGCUCCUGCUGCAAAGAACAUUCACCAAGGACUCAUGAGAUACAAUGUCAUUAUUCAAUGUCAUUAUACAUGUCAUUAUAUCUUGGCGCCAUAAUCAUUUGUUUACAUUGACUCUAAACGUACAAAUAGCGUAAGUUACAUGUCUGUAUUACAGAAUACUGCCAAACGAGGCACCCUGUUAUAUAUUUUUACCUAUAAAUUUACCAAGCCUUAGAGCCAGGGGCUCUGCAAACGUUCAUCUACAUAUUCACUAUUAAUCUAAGGAUAAUUGUUCUUCGAAAUGGCACAAGUACAUACUUCACUGUUGACAGGACUACGUAAACGUUUUGUGUGUCUUUCUACAGCUGUGUUUUUGUGGCUCAAAUUGUAUAGUGUUAAAACGUAUUGACGUCCUAUAGACCACAUCCCCUCUUGUAGUUCACGGAGUCUUUAUAAUGUUUUACAAGUUACAACUGGCGCAUUCUUUUGAGGAAAAAGGGAAUGGAUGCAAAACGUAUUUAUUUUCUAUAUUAUUUGCAUGUUGUCUUCUCCGUCGAAUUUUAUGAUGAUUUCACCUAUUUUGCGAUCAUAAUGUAACAUGUUUUUUGUCCAGGAUUUCAGAAUUAUUUAUAUGUAGGUAAUGGAUGCUUAUAUUUAAGAAGGAAAUAUUUCUACAUGUGCACAUAGUUUUUCAGGUGUACCAUUGACAUGGCUGUUAUAAAAACAAUUAUGA